UGAAUCAAUAAUGUGUUUUUCUCAAAAGGGUUAGUUGUUUGUAUGUAAAUGUUGUCCAGUCAACUUUAUUUGUCCACUUUUCAAGAAUGGAUGCCGAGGGCCCCCAGACGCUGUGUGACCUCUGCUUGGCUCAGGUGUGCUAUAGAUUAGAUGCUUUGUGCAGGAAGCGAGCAGACGGUUCAAUGAGCCUCAUCUGGGCCCCAGUGUUCCCACAGGAACUGGCUGACCAACUGCUGCAAAAGAUGGCAGCUAAAGGUAUGCUGAAUGACACAACUGUUGGGAUUUUCCGAAACAGCAAGACGCUCCGCCUGCGUAGAGCCUCCAUCCGAUGCUGUAAGGUGUCGGCUGAUGCUUUCCGCCUGGCUUUCUGCUCUCACCGGCUGCUGGAAUUAGACGCCUCCUGGGUUUCAGGGGGUCUAACGGGUGCUGCUGUCAUCUCAGGCCUGGCCUCUAACCCAGAGUGCAGGGCUAGUCUGCAGAAGUUGGCUCUUGAUGGCCUGAGCCUGGAUUGGGGUUCUGUGAAGGAAGGUGGCAGUCUGUGUGUCGGCUUUAGCUCCCUGCAGGGCCUUAGGACAAUUCAACUUGUAAACACAGAUCUGACUGAUGACAAUCUUGAGGAUAUCUGUUCUCUCCCACAGCUGGAAUCCCUAGAUAUCUCCUGCAGCACUGUGUCUAAACUUGAUGCACUCCUUAAAAGCAAAAACACAAUUAGGUCCUUAGUUGCCCACAGGCUACAUCGGCUGAACAUGCCUCCUGUCAGACUGCUCUAUAUAUUUGAGCAACUUCAAGCUCUGCGACAUUUGGACUUCUCAGAUGACCACCUUAGCGGUGAUGAUGGUGAAAGAAGAGACAGAGAUGAGGCAGUUAGGCAGCUUCUAGACGGGAGUCCUCAGGUUCUGCCUUCUCUUGUUUCCUUAGACAUUUCAGGGAGGAAGACAAUCAGUGACUCUGCACUCAGAGCCUUUGUAGAGUCCAGAAAAGGGCUCAUCUUUCUCGGCCUGCUUGCCACUGGACUCAGCUCCUGUCCUGUUCUUUCAUCACAGAAAAACCUAAAAGUAACCGGAGAAGCUAAUGAGAACCAGCUCUGGGAGGCUCUCAGAAGGUACAGAGAGAGGGAGUGUUUCAUUCGGGAGGCCCUCGUCCAUCUCUACAGUCUAACUACUGACACUGACAAGCCACAGCCGGACACGCUGAAGUUUCCAUUCUAUCAAACUGGAACACUGAGGGGUUCCUGGACAUCUGGUUUCCUGCAGUUAGUGCUGGAGGCAAUGCAGAGCCACCCUGAGUCACUGCAUGUUCACCUGGUGGCCACUGCGUGUGUGUUCAACCUGACUAAGCAGGACAUGGCAGAGGACAUGCCUGUCCGCCUGAUGAGCUCUACGGUCACCCAGCUGCUCCACGCCAUGAAGACCUUCCCCAACCAGCAGCAGGUGCAGAAGAACUGUCUGAUGGCGCUAUGCAGUGAAUACAUCCUGCAGGAUCUUCCAUUCGACAAGUAUUUAGCUUCCAUGCUGAUGAUUAAGUGGCUGAGCAACCAUGAGGAGCCGGCCCUGCAGAGGAUGGCGGUGGCCGUCAUCUCCAUUCUGGUGGGAAAGCUUUCCCCAGAGGAGACUGCACAGCUCAGUAAGGAUGUCUCAUUUAUGAAGCAGCUACUGGCUGUCGUGCAGCAGAAAGCCAUGCUGGGAGUCAUAGACUCCACUUUGAAGUUCGCCCUGAGUGCUCUGUGGAACCUGACCGAUGAGACGCCCACGGCCGCACGCAACUUCAUCGAGUGUCAGGGCUUGGAGCUCUAUGAGGAGGUUCUGGAGUCCUACUACAAUGAACCUUCUAUCCAACAGAAAGUUCUUGGCCUGCUGAACAAUAUAGCAGAGGUGGAGGAGCUCCAGUCUGACCUGAUGGAUGAGGACCUGUUGGAGCACAUCCUCAGUCUCCUGAAGGACUCCCAGUUGGAGGUGGGAGUGCGUUACUUUGCAGGGGGGAUUCUGGCACAGCUGGGCUCCAGGGCAGAAGCCUGGACUCUGGAUGAUGAGCUCCGUAGCGCCAUAUUGGAGGAGCUGCAUGAAUCCAUAAUAACAUGGCCCCAUCUGGAGCGGGAGAUGGUGUCUUACAGGUCCUUCCAUCCAUUUUGUCCUCUGCUUCAACCUUGCCAGCCCUCAGGAGUCCAGCUGUGGGCAGUUUGGGCCAUACAUCUCGUCUGCAGUCAAAACACUUCACAUUACAGCAGUAUGCUGGAGGAGGAGGGCCUGACAGACCUUCUGAAAGCCUUGGACACGCAUCCCGACACGCAUAGUGAUGUCAAAAGAGUUUCCCAGCGCAUCAUGCUCAUGGUACAGGAACAUCAGACUCACUCAGAGUUAAUGAACAGCCAGACGGAUGAUGGAAAGUCUGAACAAAAGCAGUUUUAAUUAAAAUUAAUCAGUGGUAUCCAUGAUGCUAAAAAAAUUAAUCCAAUACAGUGGAUCUGAAAAAUGUGGGCAGAUAAUGAGUAAUAUUUUAGAAAGAGGGUCUUGAAAACGUCGUCUUGACUUUUGGACUCAUAUUUGAAAUGGCUUUGAUAUGAUAUCAGUGCUAAUUUGUACAUAAUUACAUAAAAGGAGUAAAAUCGUACGUGUUAUUCAAAGAUUAAACAUUUAAAUCUGAAA